AUGUUACUAGAAUUUCUUUCUGACAUCCGCAUAUGGGGUGUCUUCAUUAUUCCAAUCAUCACGUUUCUAUUCCGUUCAAGACGUCGCUCAAACUUCCCCGCCGUCAACAAUUUUCCCUUCGACCCCCUUUCGCAAAAAGCGCACCAAGAGUAUGGUACCAACGCCGAGUCGUUGAUCACCAACGGACUCGCAAAACACCAAGGCCCAAUCUCCCUCUCCGUCCCGAGUGGCCAGAAAAUCGUUCUUCCGGCGUCACUUACCGCUUGGGUGAAAUCAAACAAAGACCUCGACCACAGGGAGCUCGCCAGACAAGAUUUCUACGCUGGAUUCCCUGGGUUCGAAGCACAGCAUGCGUUGCAUUCGUCUGGAGAUGUGCUUCUGGAUGUGAUUCGCACGAAGCUAGGCCAGAACGAUAGUGUCAUGCCAGUCGUGAAUGACAGUAUAGCAAAGGCGCUACGAAUUUAUUGGGGGGACGAUAUGAACUGGCAUGUCAUUGACUGGCAGAGAGACACAACUGGUAUCAUUGCGCGCGCGGCGUCAUCAGUUUUUGUUGGUCCGGAGAAGUGUGAAGACGAAGAGUGGUUGGGUAUCGCACAAGGCUACGUCGGCGCGUAUUUUACGGCUGUUAAUGAGCUGCAUGAGUACCCGGCCUGGUCCAGACGCAUUGUGCAGAGGUUUCUCCCCAACGCCGUUGCUUGUCGGAAAUAUGUCGCGCAAGCUCGCGUUAUUGUGAAGGAUCUCAUUAACCAACGGGAAAAGAAAGUCGAGGAGGCGAAGCGCAAAGGCGAGCCUCUCCCGCAAUACAACGAUGCGCUUGCAUGGGCACAAGCAGCGCCAGGCUACAAAGCAGACGCCGGCGACAUACAAUUGUCACUGGCAGUGGCUGCGUUCUUCACUACAAGCGAACAGUUCCGCCAGGUCCUUAUCGAUGUUGCAUCGCACCCUGAGCUCGUCGAGCCCCUAAGGAAGGAAGUCUCGCAACAGAUUUCUACCCACGGUAUGACCAUCGCUGCAACAAACAACAUGGUCCUUCUCGACAGCGUCCUGAAAGAAUCUCAGAGACUUUCAGCUCCUAUAGUGGCUCUCGAGCGCGUAGCCCUCAAAGACACAACCCUCCCCACCGGCGAACAUCUCCCACGCGGCUCCCACAUCAUGGUUGACUGCACCGAUCUCCGUAGCCCCACCAAAUACCCCAGCCCGGAUCACUUUGACGGGUACCGUUUCCUGCGCCAACGCGAGGUAGGCGACAAGUUCGCUCAGUUCGUUCAGUCUGGCCCGGAUUACAACGUUUUCGGUGGUGGACGCCAUACUUGCCCCGGACGCUAUUUCGCCAGUAAUGAAUUGAAGCUUGCGAUGGCGCAUAUAUUGCUAAAGUAUGAGAUUAGGAUGGCGAAGGGGUACCAGUCGAACACAGUACAGAUGGGUGUGUAUAAAAUGGCCGAUCCCGUGGCGAAGCUUGAGGUGCGGAGGAGGGAUGUGACGGAGAUGGAUUUGGUUCAGUUGACAUUGUCGUUGGUGUGA